AUGGACUCCUCAGCCUUGUUCAGAGUUGAUGGCAUUGUUGCAGUUAUCAGUGGUGGCGGCACUGGACUUGGUCUGAUGAUGACGAGGGCUCUUGCAGGAGCCGGCGCGAAAAGAGUCUAUAUUCUUGGUCGACGGCAAGCCACCUUAGAAGCAGCAGCCACUGCACACCCAAGCAUCUGUCCUUUGGUGUGCGACGUCACCUCAAAAAACUCACUUCAGGCCGCCGUGGAUACAAUCUCAAAUGACUUCGGCUACAUAAACCUAAUUAUUGCGAACUCGGGAGUGUUAGGCCCUUUAAGGUCUUUCGAUCCUGAGAUGACCAUCCAGGAACUCCGCAGAAACCUGUUCGGCGAAGUAACUAUAGAGAGCUUCACGGAUGUACUCCAUGUCAACGUAACUGGGGCUUACUUUACCAUACUUGCUUUUUUGGAACUUCUCGAUGCGGGCAACAAGAACGCCGUGAAAGGUGGGUAUGGAGCGCCACUGAACUCUGGAAGCAAAGUCCCCUCGAUUCAAAGCCAGGUUAUUAUUACAGGAAGUGUUGGAUCAUUCAGCCGAGAGAGGGCAUCCCCUCCAGCAUAUGUUGCAAGUAAAUCUGCAAUCGCACAAUUAGCUAGUCACGCCUCAACCAAUCUGGCACCGUAUCAAAUCAGGGUCAAUACCCUUGCACCUGGAUUUUUCCCUUCAGAAAUGGCUGAUUUCAUCAUCUCCUCUCGCGACCCUGAGACAGAAACACUGGAUCAUCAAGAUUUCAUGCCAGCAAGACGAUUCGGGACAGAAGAGGAGAUGGGUGGCUCGAUCUUGUAUCUCGCGAGCAGGGCUGGGGCUUACUGUAAUGGCUUAGUCCUUGCAAACGAUGGAGGUCGACUGUCUGUGAUUCCGUCCACAUACUAA